CCCUUUCUUUUUGGAGAGGAGGAGCGCGCGCUUUUCACGCCCCGCCGUUCACUACUACAGCCGACUUGCAGCGCGCGCCGUCACGGGGUUUUCUUUCUUUUCUUUUUUUAUUUUGCGCUUUUCCCCCCUUCUUAAACUUUUGGUGUUGGACCCUGAAGUCUCUCGGACGCCGUCUUCUUUCUCGUUUGGGACUUUUCUACUCCGGUUAGUCUCAUCCUCCUGCUCCAGUGUCAGCCAUGUUGGUGAUUUUGGCUUUCAUCAUCCUCUUCCACAUUAUUUCGGCAAUACUGCUUUUCAUAUCAACUAUCCACAAUGCUUGGUGGUUUACAACAAACGGGGACUUCUACACAGAUCUUUGGUACAUAUGCAACGUCACUUGUAAAGAGAUUCCAAAAAGUGCAUCCAGUGAGGCAGGUUAUCUUCAGACCGUGCAGGCUGCCAUGAUUCUAGCCACGAUCCUGUGCUGUGUGGACUUCUUCGUCUUCGUCCUUCAGCUUUUCCGUUUGAAGCAGGGCGAGAGAUUUGUCUUCACGGCCAUCGUUCAGCUCUUGUCUUCACUGUGUGUGAUGAUCGCCGCAUCCAUCUACACGGCCGAGCGGACAAGUUUCCAGAGCGCGAGUGUAAAUGACGGGAACUAUGGCUACUCCUUCGUGCUUGCCUGGGUGGCCUUCCCGAUGACGUUCAUCAGCGGCCUCAUGUAUUUAGUGCUGCGCAAGCGCAAGUAGACGCCUUACAACAGCCCACCUCAACCGGCUGCGACCUUCGCCAACAGAAUUUAUUGUGUAAAUAUGUUUUUGUUUUUUAAAUGUGGACAUCCAAAACAUUGUCAAAACAUAUCGUUAAAAAAGAAUAACGUUAAAGCAUAAAAUACUGGAAACUAAUUAGUUUUUCUUUUCUGUGCUACAGUAUGGAGUUUUAACCCUUUUUUUGUUGUAAAUUGGUUUUUAUUUUUGGAAAUUUGAGCAAAAUUUAGAUACGAUUUAAUAAGAUAUAAAUUAGAAAUAGCAAAACCACUAAAUUUUUUUUUUCAGAAACUACACAUUGUGAAUUAGGC